AUGGAGCCCGAGGAGCGGAAGAUCUCGGUGUGGAUCUGCCAGGAGGAGAAGCUGAUCUCCGGGCUCUCCCGGCGGACCACCUGCUCGGACGUGGUGCGGGUUCUGCUGGAGGACAGCCACCACCGGCGGCAGCGGCCGGCGCCGCCCGAGCCCGGCGGCGGGAUGCUGUCGGGGCCGCCGCACUCAUAUUGCAUCGUGGAGAAGUGGCGCGGCUUCGAGCGGAUCCUGCCCAACAAGACGAAGAUCCUGCGGCUCUGGGUGGCGUGGGGGGACGAGCAGGAGAACGUGCGCUUCGUGCUGGUGCGCAGCGAGGCCUCGCUGCCCAACGCGGGACCGCGGAGCGCCGAGGCGCGGGUGGUGCUCAGCAAGGAGCGCCCCGGCCACGGCCUGGGGGCGGCCCGCGGCAGCCUGGCGCUCACGCAGGAGCGGCAGCGGCGGGCGGUGCGGAAAGCCUUCCGCAAGCUGGCCAAGAUCAACAAGAAGCGGCAGCAGCCGCUGGCCCGGGAAGCCUCGGCGGCGGAGAGGAUGGAGACGCUGGUGCACCUGGUGCUCUCGCAGGACCACACCAUCCGCCAGCAGAUCCAGCGGCUGCGCGAGCUGGACCGGGAGAUCGACAGGUACGAGGCCAAGAUCCACCUGGACCGCAUGAAGCGGCACGGCGUCAACUACGUGCAGGAUACCUACCUGGUGGGCGCCGGCGGCGGGGAGCCCGAGCCCGAGCCGGAGCCCGAGCCGGGCCCGGAGACGCCGCCCGCCGCCGACCGCCCCGAGGAGGACUACGCCAGGAAGUGCGAGGCGGUGCUGCAGCUGCAGGAGCAGCGGGCGCAGCAGGAGGAGCUGCUCGAGCACCUGGCCGCCGAGAUCCAGCAGGAGCUCAACGAGCGCUGGAUGAAGCGGCGGCGGGAGGGGCUGGAGCUGGCCGCGGGGCCCGGCCUGGCCGAGACGGACUGCGACACCACCGAGCUGAGCGGUGGCGGCGAGGGCGAGCUGCAGCUGGAGCACGAGCGGGUCAGGACGCAGCUGAGCACCAGCCUCUACAUCGGCCUCAAGCUCAGCACGGACCUAGAGGCUGUCAAGACCGACCUGAACUACACGCAGCGGGCGUGGGAGGACAGGGAGCGGGAGCUGCAGCGCCUGCUGGAGACUCUGGGCACCCUGGACGUGGCGGAGGCGGCGGCGGAGCCGCGCGGAGCAGCCGGGGGGCGGCGGGCGGCGGCGGGCGGCUGGCUGGAGCAGGCGCGGGCGCUGCGCAAGGACCGCGCUGACAACGACGAGGACUCGGACACGGGGCUGAGCUCCAUGCACAGCCAGGACUCGGAUUCGCUGCCCGUCUGCGAGUCCCUCGUCUAG